GUGAAAGGUGCGUCGAAAUUUUGUGCGGGUUUGUUUCAAACAUUUCAUUUCAAAACUUACGCAAACAUAUAGGAUUAUACAAAAACAGCGCGAGUUAAAUGCAAAUGCCCCGUUGCGGGCUUAACAACUGUUGCUGCUGCAAGUAAAGUAAAAUUAAUUGUAAAUUAAACCAAAGAGCAGCAAUUGCAACCGGCAUAUGCAGCAAUAACAACAACAACAACAACUACGACAACAGCAAAGUAGCGAAAUGCCGGCAACAACAACGUAAUGUGUGAGUUUUAGUGCGUGUGUGAGUGUGCGUCGCCAAAAUAAAAGAAAGAUUUACCGAAGUAACACGCAAAGCAAAAAAUAAGGAAAACAACAAAGAAGCGGCGCGCGUGUUUCUGUCUUUGUAUAAGUGCAUUUAAUAACAAAAUAUUAAUAACCAAAACAACAACAAAUAAACAGUGAACAUGCCGGCUUUAAGGUUUAGUUGGCGCUGCAGAGCAACAACAACAAAUGUGAUAUUUAACAGUCUACUGUUGUUGCUGUUGUUGUCUUCUGGAGCGGCGCAAGCUGAAGAGAGCGGCACGCCAGCAAUUGCGGCUGCCCAGACGGCUGCCCUGGCUGCACCUGGACCAGUGCCCGGCGCCAAUCUGAUUGGCGGUGGCUCCUCCUCCUCAAUACUCGAUCAGUUCGUGCCCAACUGCAGCGCCGUCUCGCACAUCUUCCAAGCACGCGGCAUCGUUGCCAAUGAGAUACCACAAAAGCCCAGCAAUGAGCGCGUGCUACGCUAUUGUGAAUCCCCCUCGGUGGGCACCUGCUGCACCUACAACAUGGAAACGCGCAUGGCGGCGCAGUCGCGUCAGCAGCUCGAGCGGCACACCAAGGAGCAAAUUGACAAAAUGUCCAGCUUGCUGGGCGGCAAGGCAACAAAAUUCAACGAUUUGUUCCGCAAACUGUUGAAAGAGUCGAAGGCUCAGUUUCAUGCAAUGUUUACACGCACUUACGGCGCCAUCUAUAUGCAGCAUUCAUAUGUCUUUAGCGAUCUGUUCAACGAGCUGGAGAACUACUAUGCACGCGGACGUGUCGAUCUAAUAGACGUCAUGGAUAAAUUCUUUAGCACGCUCUAUCAGAAAAUGUUCACAGUGCUCAAUCAGCAAUACGCCUUUGACGAAAAAUACAUGAGCUGCGUCAGUCAGCACAUGAAGGACCUGAAGCCAUUUGGCGAUGUGCCCGACAAGCUCUCGGUGCAAAUCAAGCGUUCCUUUGUGGCCACACGCACCUAUGGCCAAGCUCUAGCUACAGCCGCCGAGGUGUCCAAGAAGAUUUUGAAUAUUCACUUGAAUCAAGACUGCACUGGCGCGCUGACGAAGAUGCAACAUUGUGGCGCGUGCAAGGGAUAUACGGAAAAGCCUUGCACCAAUUAUUGCGUCAAUGUUAUCAAAGGCUGUUUGCAUUAUCUGCAUGAAUUCGAUGCCGAGUGGGAGAACUUUGCGCUCAAUAUGGAUAAAGUGGCGGAUCGCAUGCUGGGCGCCUUCAACAUUGUCAUGGUGGUGGAGCCCAUCAACAUUAAAAUCUCCGAGGCCAUUAUGAACUUUCAGGAUUCGGGACAGGAUAUAACCAAUCGUGUGUUCCAAGGCUGUGGCAAGCCGCAGCUUGGCUCAAUGGGUCGCUCCAAGCGCGCUAUUAACCCCAAGCUGCUGCUAGCGCCUGCAGCUGCUGCUGUGCACGAGUUGCAUGCCACACAUGCCAUCGAAGCCGAUACGCUGGACAUUGAUGCCACCUUGGAUGAGGCCAUAGUGCUGCGUGAGCGUCGCGCUGCUGAGCCUGCCUCACAGGAGGCGCCACAAACGCAGGAGCAAACCCCAAGCAGUGGCAACAACAACAACAGACGCCAGCAGCGACGCAAGCAGCAGCAGCAGCGUCGCAAGCAGCAAUCGCAGCAGCAGCGCAACGACAACGACGAUGAUGAUAACGAUAACAAUGGCAAUAGCCGUGAGCCAAUCCUGGAUAAAGUAGUGCGUGAUAUUCGGCAGCGUGUGAAGGACUACAAAAAGUUCUGGUCCAACUUGCCGCAUGCAAUGUGCAGCAAUGAUGCCAUAGCUGCCUCAUCGGAUGUGGAUGGCAUGUGCUGGAAUGGACACACCAUUGAUAGAUAUAUGCACUCGGUUACCACAGAGCAUGGCUCGAAUCCUGAGUUCAGCGGCAAUCCUGCGAGCACACGUCAAACAGCGCAAAUCUCCACGCAGCUGUUUCAUCUGCGAAAUGCCAUCAUCCAUUUGCGCAAUGCCUACAAUGGUCAAGAUGUGGACUGGAGCGAGCAAGAGGAGCCUUAUGUAGGCAGUGGUGCUGGCUCUGGCUCUGGGUCGGAGGAUGAUGAAGACGAUGACGAGGGCUCCGGCUUGGGCGCCUUUGAGCCCAGUCACAAGCCCGAUGUGGAGCAGCCGGCGGUGCGCGUUAAUGCCGAUAACGAUGAUGAUGAGGAUACGCAUCCGUCCGUUAGCACACACACUGGCCGUCCCAAUCUGGAGGACAUACAUCCGGUGGUCACGCAAGAUCACAACGAUCUCGACAAGCCGCAUGGCAAUGGCCACGACGACGACGAUGAUGAUGACUCUGCGGAGCAGGAGGAGGACGACGCUGUGCACAAUUCAUCCACAGAUGAUAAAAUGACGCUGCGUCGCGCUCUCGUCAUUUAUUUGCUGCCACUUUAUAUGGCGUGGUUCGGUGGCGUCUGCGCCGAUUUGCUGUGA